GCUCCAGCCCUCACGGCUGAGCACAGCUGUGUGCCCUGGGAGCUGGGCCAUCUCCGAGCACCCUGCCUUCUGGGGUGGGGCUUUUGAAAGUGUCCCUCUAAGCAGGUGGGAGGGGUCUGGGAAGUUUAAGGUGGGCUGUGCAGGUGGGUGAGGCACACCUCCAGCCUUGGUUGCUUUGUGGGUAGCUGACACCUUUUGGAGAACAUCCCUCCCUGGGCAGCCCAGUAGGCAUGUUUGCUCGAGGGGGAGGUCUGCUUUCAGAGCCUAGCGCUGGUCCUCUCGUGAUCCCAAAAUACAGUUCCCUGACUCAAAAACACAUGCAGGGCUUUUCUUCGGAACAUGUUUACUUUCUGUGCUUGAAUGUAGCUGGACUUUGAGGGACGCGAUCCAAGUUCAGCCCCACUCACUCAAGGUGGUUGCUAAAAAUGGGAGUUGAAUUGGAGCUACUCAGGGAAGCCGUUUCCGGGGCUUGCUGCGUCCCAGCCCUGUCUCCGGGGCCCAGCUGCCCGAGUGAGCUUGCUUUCCUGACCCACCGUUUUCCCUCCGCAUGUCCGUGGCCCCACACGUGCCCGUUCUGGGGGCUCCGGGAGCUGGAGAGUCUAUGAACCGGCUCCUGGCAGCGGAGGAGUCCAGCCUGAGUCCUGGCUGUUCCCGAGUCUGAAGGUUUCUGGAGGGGACUUGCUGGCUUUAGGGUCCAGUCCACACGGGAAAUGGAACCCGGCAGCUGUGAGCUUCUCUGUGUGGCUGCUCCAAGCAGUAAACAGUGACUCACCCUCCCCUCUGCUCCCCGCCUCCCUGCUCCCGGCUGCUGGAAGAUGCAUGGCUCCCGUGUUUACUUUUGCUUUUUUUCCAAUUUCCAAGCCCUUCUGUUCGGGUGACUGUGCCCAGGUUAUGACGACUAAUCCCAAACCAAACAAGGCGUUAAAGGUCAAGAAGGAGGCGGGCGAGAACGCCCCGGUGCUCAGCGAUGACGAGCUGGUGUCCAUGUCGGUGCGGGAGCUGAACCAGCACCUGCGGGGCCUCACCAAGGAGGAGGUGGUGCGCCUGAAGCAGCGGCGGCGCACACUCAAGAACAGGGGCUACGCCGCCAGCUGCCGCAUCAAGCGCGUGACGCAGAAGGAGGAGCUGGAGCGGCAGCGCGUGGAGCUGCAGCAGGAGGUGGAGAAGCUGGCCCGCGAGAACAGCAGCAUGAAGCUGGAGCUCGACGCGCUACGCUCCAAGUACGAGGCCCUGCAGACCUUCGCCCGCACCGUGGCCCGUGGGCCCGUCACCCCCACCAAGGUGGCCACCACCAGCGUCAUCACCAUCGUCAAGUCUGCCGACAUCUCCUCCACCUCCGUGCCCUUCUCGGCUGCAUCCUAGUGCCCGACCGGGGGUGGGGGUCUGGGGGGUGCGGCCGGGG